AUGGAUCAGAAGACCGUUCGAAGUUCGGGGCCGAUCAAAAGUGCGUGGGAAAGGCAUGGCCGUGAAACAUUUCCUGCACGGACUCUGCAUCUGCAAGCACAUCACCCCCGUGAAACCGAAAAGCUGGAGCUGCCAUCGAUCUCGCAGGUCCACACCCGCGGUCCUGCUGAUAUCCCCUGGUACAACCAUCACGCGGCCGAACGUCCGAUAUUAUCGGGCGACAAGCUUCCCGCGUUGAGUCUACCUACCGCAACCCAGGCUCCACCCCGCACCGUCUAUCAAGACAUCAAUUCAGCAAGUUCUAGUGCGCGAACCAGUCUGUCGGGUGCUUCGGCCGUACAGGAGCAGCCCAGGAGUCCCACAGAUAUUGGGACCCAGGGCCGCCUGUCGCUAGAUUCGGAGUAUAGUCUGGCUCCCAGCGAGGGGUACUAUCCUAGCCCAAACUCUCUCGGGAGUAUGAACCAAGGCCAGCCGUACAUGGACGUCCAUUCCCAUAUGUCCUCUGCACAACAAUACUCUUCGCAGGGCGCAACUGCAGGUCCAAUGUCCCACUAUCCUUACCACCAACCGCCGUUGCCUCCAGCUUCGAGCUAUCCCCCGUCGUAUCAACAGUAUGGUUAUUCCAAUGGUGUGACUUCGCCUCCGACAGGACAUCAUCCUCCCCCACCGCCUUCCAUGGGCGGACAGAUGAACACCCAGCUGCUCCCAUUACCAGUGACAAACCACUCCGUUGCACCACCUGGUUAUGGAAACAACUCUGGAGCUCCGUUGCAAGGCUUUGUGUAUGAUCCCACAGGUCAAGUAGCACCUCCAGGCGCCAAACCACGCGUCACAGCUACCUUAUGGGAAGAUGAAGGGAGUCUCUGUUAUCAAGUUGAAGCCAAGGGAGUCUGUGUGGCACGCCGAGAAGAUAAUCACAUGAUCAAUGGUACCAAAUUGCUCAAUGUGGCUGGCAUGACUCGUGGACGACGAGAUGGAAUCCUCAAGAGCGAGAAGCUUCGUCACGUAGUGAAGAUUGGACCGAUGCAUCUCAAGGGAGUCUGGAUUCCCUUUGAGCGCGCGCUGGAGUUCGCCAACAAAGAGAAGAUCACUGAUCUUUUAUACCCGCUCUUUGUGCACAACAUCGGUGGUCUGCUGUACCACCCAGCCAACCAGACGCGAACCAACAUGGUCGUGCAGGAGUCGCAGCAACGGCGUCUGGAGGGACCCCCAACAGGGCCGCACCGUACGCCGACUGCUCCUCAGUCCUCUAGCUUGCACCACCAUGCAAUGCAGACCCCCAUGUCUUCGCACAUGUCCCAGCCGUCGUCGAUCAGUGGUGGGCCCCGUCAUUCGUUGGACCGCUCCAACACCUUCCCAACACCCCCAGCCAGUGCAUCUAGCUUGAUGGGUGUGACGAGCCAGGGCAGCUCAUACGAAUGGGGCGGCCAAGGAAUCGGCCAGGGACUGCCCCCAGCGCAGCCACUGUCUAUAGACACGCAAUUGAGCAACACGUCGUUGAAUAACCAACGUUCCAUGCCGACCACCCCUGCCACGACUCCGCCUGGCAACAACAUGCAGGCCAUGCCGUCGUACCAGGGACAGCCGGGAGGUUAUGAUAGCUCGAAGCCGUACUACUCUGCGCCGCCGCAGUCUCAUUCACAGUAUGCGCCGCACACACCGAUGACCCUCUCAACAUACGGACAACCGCUUCCUGCCGUCGUGAACUAUAUGAAGAACGACAUGGCACCUCCCACAGGUCGGGCUCCAGGAGCCCCAGAGGGCGGCGAACCGCCCGAGCUAAAGUCGGCCCGCUACUCGCAGAGCGAUGGUCCCGGCGAGGCUACGGAGCAGGAGCCCGAGUACCUGCAGGACCAGGGCGCCGCCGCCUACAACGCCAACCGCAGCUCAUAUACUUACACCACCAACCAGUCCGUGGGAUCCCUGACCGGGGAGCACUCGCAGCUGACACCGGAGAUGACUGGUUCGCCGCAGCAGAACGGCUCAGGCCGUAUGACCCCGCGAUCCAGCGGUCCUCCACCCCAUUGGACCUCGGGAUAUAACACUCCUCCCCGUCCCGCAGCUGCAAGCACCCUGUACAACGCAGUCAGCGACACCCGCGGUACUCCAGCCAACGGUGCUUCCGACCCAUACACCAUGGCGUCCACGGCCACCCCAGUGUACUCCACGACCAUGUCAAGCUCGCUAGGAGGAUCUGGCAACAAGCGUGGCCGCGACGAUGACGAGGUGUCUCGACCUGAAAGCGGUGGUGAGUAUGAGAGCAAGCGCCGCAAGACCGUCACCGAUGGUUCAAUCGGUCCCGGCCCUGCCCUUCAGCCUAUGAAGACCGUUAUCCCCAUGAGCCGGCGCCGAUAA